AUGACAUCGGCUUUUGCUGAAUUCCAGGAUUACUCACAAAGGCUUGAUGCCGAUGUAGUGGUAGGUGUCUUUGUCGUCGUCGUACGGCUGGCUGUCUGUUGUCCGCCGAGUUGCUCAGGAAGGGGCGUGGCCAAGCCUCACUUCACUCGCAACCGCGAUGCGAACUUGUCUUCUCGCCUGCUUACUGCUGAUUACAGCAUCGUCGUUUGUCGAUGCUAAGAAAAAGAGUGA